AUGAUUUUCAAGACUUACAUGAAAAAAAAAAAGAUGGUUGAACAAUUAUUGAAACAAUAAAAGAUUGAUGAAGAAAACCGCAGAUUAAUGUGGUAUAAAUGGUUAGAAAAGCAGCUCGAUGAAAUUGAUAAAAUAAAAAAAAAUUAACCUUAAACUUUAAUUUUUACUUUUGAAAAAAGAGUUGAGAUAAAUUUAAAUGAAGGAGAAUAUGCUGAAAAUUGCAUAGUUUGCAAGAAUACCUGUCAUUAUCCAUGCUAUAAAAAUGGUAAGAUAUUUUGUUCUGUAAUGAAUGAUGGCUAAUGCACAAUCUGUCAAGGUACAUGUAAUUGGAAAGAUCAUAAAUCUGAAAGUUUUCGUUAUGAAACCUAAUACCAGACGGAUGAAAUUCGACCUGAUGUCGAUGAUUUCGAAAAAAAAAAAAAUAUAUCUCUAUAGUAUCAUAAAUUAGAAAGCAAAAAAUUAAUACAUGAGUUAAUGAUAUUGGGUAAAAGACUAAAUCGUAUUCCGCAAACAAUGACUGAAUUUGAAUAUAUUGAGAAAAUGAUAAACAAUGAAUUUUCAAUAGAAAAAGAAGGGAAAAAAUAAGCUUUAUAAGAUAUCAAAGAGUAAUGGAAUGAGAUAUGA